AUGGCUCCGGGAUCCCAAGGCAAUCCCGGCCAUCAGGGACAUCACGGCCUUGCGAAUGGAGGUCCUGAUGGCCGGCCACCCCCCUCCACUCUAGCAGCUCAACUUGUCCAGACCAUCACGACUUCCGCCCGAUCCAGCACGCGACCUGAUGAAACCAGCGAGCUGAAGCGGCUUAUCGCCGUCAUAGAGCGGAUCAAGAACAAGCCCGAGGCGCUGAAGACGAACCAAGAACACAUUGAACAUAAUCAUAUGCUCAUAUAUGUCUGCACACAUGUGGCUUUGGAUGGCUUGAAGUGGGAUGAACCGUUUGCAAACCAUGCAAAACUGCGCGCCGACGCUCUGAAGGCGAUGGACUUUAUUCAGGUCACCAUAAGGGAGACACCGGCCGUUCUGAAGUACAGUACCGAUGGAACGUCCUUCCUCUUUCGCGGCCAGGGGCCAUUGUGGUUGUGGCUCUUCCCGAGGGUGCUCCGUAUGCUUGGCCUCGGUCCAUGUCUAGACAUGUCCCCGGUGAUAGAAGACUUCUGUCGUUCUGUCAUAAUCAGCAUCCAUCGGAAUGGCUUUCUCUGGGACCUGCGACCAACUGUAACGAGCUACUUCCAGGGGAGCAUCAGUGCAAUCCUGGCUCUUCUAAAGGAAAAAUGCUCGUCUGAAGAAACCAAUGCCUUCGAGCUACAGCUACCGUCGAAUAACGCGUCCGAGGUUUUCAUGCCCUUGCCAACCGAUCCCUUCCCUCAAGAUUGCUAUUAUACCAUCCACGGCAUUCCCCAGGCUGUCCACCACGCGAUGAGUCUUCUAUCCAUAAUUAGGAACGCCACGUUACCAAGCGAAGGCUUGGGAUCCUCUGGUCUCGUGUCACAGCAUGUAGUGUGGCUUCUGGACUCUCUCUUCUCCCUGUUUGAGUUACGCGUUCAUUGGAGGCCAGCUGUCGACAUCCCAACAGCAACUUUUGUUGAAUUUGCUCUAGAUAUUUCCAACACGAGCAACGACAGUUGCGGCUUCGACGCCAUCGCUUGCCAGAAAUUAUAUGCCACUCUAGUGCUCUUUUGCGCCGGGGCAGUCGAGAAUCCACGGGACAUACUUGGCGAGAACGAGGGUAGUUCGAAGGCAAGACAACACCUCUGUGUUGCCUUUAUUCGGCUCGCCCAGGCGGCAAUCAAACACAAACCUAUCGCAAGGCUCAUCAAGGGCCAGCUCCUUGCUCCUUUGAGAACCCUCACGGCCGAGAAUGUCGCGCUUGGGCCUGGGACAGACUUCUCGCGUUCGGCGCUGUUGCUGGAACAAGUUGCGGCAAGUCCUGGUCUGAAGUCAUCCAAGCAACAUAUCAAGUCAAGCGACUUCAAAGAUGUUGGCCUAGCACGUCAGGUUGUGGCUCUAGGUCUUGAAUCUCCACCUGAUCAGCCAGCCCCUGGCCCGUCGCUGGCCAAACGAAGGAGGUUAGCCGUGGAGCCGGCAGCCCUUGCAGAAUUGCUUGAAAGUCUCCGUUGUCUGCUCCCCAGUAACCCGCCGGGAAUGUUAUCAAGUCUAGAUGACUGCGUGAUUGAUAGUUUCCCUCGGCUGCAUGAUAGGGGUCGAUGCGCAUUGAUUGACGCGCUCUCGCGCCUCUCCUGUGCGGCUGAUAAUACAUUGAGGAUUCAACCGAAUUCCGAUCCCUCACACAGUUUGCGAUGCUCUUUCUGUAGUAAUACAACGGGCAGUCGUGCUCCACCCCAAUGUUUAGACGAGGGAACGAAGUCGGCUGUGUCUUCAAUCUUCGACAGGAUCCUCAGGCUUCCUAGCUUCCUUGAAUCGAGGCGACCACGCGUUGUCGCAAUGGUAUCCCUUCGGCGAAUCCUACGCCAUUCAAAGGACCCCGAGCUGUGGGAUUUGGAGAGGUCAGGGCCUGGCCACUGGUGUCUGCAGUCACUCCAAAGCUCCAUAAGGGAGCUGCGCCUUGCGGCUGGACGAGCCUUGGGUGUGUUCCUGGGAGGCGUCAAUCGACCCGAAAUAGGCGAAGACAUAUUGCAACGGAACAGAGCAAAUGCCCUGGCCGUCCUCAAAUCCCUUUCGGACAAGAACAUUUCUCAUCUCCACGAAACGUGCAUCUCUGCUUGGGGACAAGUAGGGCGCGUAGUUCCAGAUGAGGAGCUCAAUCUCGUACUUGUUAAGCUGCUCGACUAUCUGGGACAUCGGAAUAUGAUAGUCUCCGCCUUUGCCUUCAACGAGGUUCUCAGUCUCGCCCAUUUUCGACGGACAAACCCUAGGCGACUAUUCGCGCCAUUCUGGAGAAACCUUGCGUUUUCAGCCGUCAAAGAUCUGGUUUCGAAGCCCCAGACGACUAGGAUGGUGGCUGAAUUGCUGCAGAUGAGCGUUCCGGAUCUCCUCUGUCUUCUGCAGACCCAUGCCAUACCGUGGCUUGUCCUGACCAAGAAACGGGAGGUCAUUCAGAAGAUUGGAGAGGCUCGGGGCGACAGCGAUAUUUGGGAGACUUGCUGCGACAGCUCCAACUUGAGCGCCAUCCUCUCUCUGUUACUGGUCCAGGAUGUACCGGAUAUUGAAGAUCACGCCAUGACCUUGUUCCGGUGCAUAUCGCCGCACUUCGAUCGCUUUACUUUAGUCGAACUCCUUCAGUCGGAACCCCUGCUGACAGGACUGGAGCUGUUCAAGGCCAGUGCAGCAGCCGAUGAGGCUCGUAAGCAUCGUAUACGGAAUGCUCUUAGUCUAAUGGCCAACAUGCUUUUGACAGACAAAGAGAAACGGCCGAAAAGGGGGCAUCACAUUGGUCGAUAUUUCCAGCACCAUGCCCUGGGUCUCACCGCGAGACUCAGCGAAGUUAUCAACAACACUGCGCCAAUCCAACCGCCGGUCCAAGAACAGAGGCUCUGCAUCAUGGCCAUGGAAGAAAUGAUACGGGUCUGCGAGUCUUACGUUCGCAUAGCUCGACCACAGAUAUCUGCGUCCAUCUUGUCCGCUCUUGCCUAUGAUGAAUUAAGAUCCGCAGCCUUCUCUUGUUGGAGUGUCUUGCUCAUGCAUAUGGAAGACGAGGACGUUCAGGUCUUGCUCGAAACGACCUUCUUCAUCAUUGAUCAUUACUGGCAGUCCUUCGACCAAGCAACCAGGGACAGGAGCAUCGCCUUAAUCACCUUUUUGCUUGAUAUUUGUGAGAGAAUCGAAAUUAAGCCCGACCGCGGCAAGUCCAUCAGAAAGCUCCCGUCGUUAGGGCACAUCAAGGAGCUUGCUGGGUUGCACAAGCGGCUGGAGUCGAUGCGAAAGCCCGUCGAUAAGAGAGAGGCUUUUGUAAUCUUCGCUGAGCGACUGACUCACGAGAACUCGGGCGUGGUGUUGCAGACCUUGAGCCAACUGACGGGCUACCUGGAAAAGAAUCAGAGCUACCUGCAAACGUCCGCCCUGAGUGAGCAGCCCGAUUCCGUCAUCUUGAUAUUAACCCGGGCUCUCCUUGACUGCUCGGCCAAGUAUAAUGGAAUGCAGCCAGACAUUGCCCGGCUGUGCGCCGAGUGUAUCGGCCUCGUCGGCUGCCUGGACUCGAACCGACUUGAAUCGAACCGGGAAGAGAAGCAGUUCGUCGUCACUGAUAACUUUGACGAUGCCGCCGAAACGACCGACUUUAUUGGCUUCAUGUUGGAGACGGUUCUGGUAAAGUCCUUCCUAUCAGCAACGGAUACGCGAUAUAUAGGCUUCCUCUCUUUCGCAAUGCAGGAACUCCUGAACCGAUGCGACUUCAAGCUAGCGUACUUUGAGCAGGGAAAGGGGACCAGCGCCGGUAUUUACAGAAAAUGGCUUGCCCUAGGAGAUACUGCUAGGGAGGUACUGGCGCCGUUAUUGACCUCGGGGUACAACCUGGCUCCAAUGGCCCACCAGCCAGUCGAGUAUCCCAUCUUUCGCCCUGGCAGGGGAUACGUCAAUUGGCUCCGGGCAUUCGUCCUUGAUCUUCUCCGCAAUGGCCAGAACCCCUUCUCCCUGACCAUAUUCGAGCCGCUCUGUCGCGUCAUCCGAGUCAAGGACGUGUCAAUUGCCGAGUUCCUCCUCCCCUAUGUUGUGGUCCACGUUGUCGUUGGCCAAGAUCGUACGUCCGAGUUCAGGACCAAGAUCCUGGGCGAACUGCUUGCGAUUCUGAAUUAUGAGCCUGCCGAGGAUGCCACCUAUGUUGAGCGAGAAGAUAUGAAGCUUUGUUACGAGGCUGUCUUCCGCACCCUAGACUAUUGUAUGAGAUGGCUGCAGGUGACCAGGGCAAAACACGGAUCGACCCCACGGACAGAGGGGCAGUUUGCACGGAUCCAGGAAGUCCUCGACGCCAUCCAUCCAGAAUUGAUAUCGCGAAGAGCAGUCGAUUGCAAGCAAUACGCGCGCGCCCUCUUCCACUUGGAGCCCUAUAUCUGGCGCAAGCAACAGGAGGACAAGAAGGAUACGGGCGAAGACAAUAGGCUUAUGAAGUCGCUGCAGGAAAUUUAUGCUGAGAUCGAUGAUCCCGACGGCCUCGAGGGCAUAUUUGCAAACUUCCCCGUUGUGAACCUCAGCGAGCAGAUCCUCAGCCACAAGAAGGCCGGACGGUGGACGGCAACCCAGACCUGGUAUGAGAUCCGCUUGGCCGAGUGCCCAGACAAUGUCGAUGUCCAGCUGGACCUUUUAACGUGCCUCAAAGAAUCUGGCCAGCAUGACGUCCUCCUGAAUUAUGUGGAAGGCAUGAACAUAACCUCCAGUGCGAACAAGGUCGUCCCCUUUGCAGUCGAAGCGUCGUGGGCGACUGGAAGAUGGCAGACGCUCGAGAAGUACCUGCAACUUUACAAUGCGGGCGACAUUACCGAAGUGUUCAACCUCGGAGUUGCACAAGCCCUGUUGUGCCUUAAACAAGGCGACUUGAGCGGCUUCGGGGGCUACAUCCAAACGGUGAGGGACAAAGUCGCUUCGACAUUGUCGUAUUCUGCCACCACGUCUCUCGAAGCAAGCCACGAUGCGAUGCUCAAGUGCCAUGUCCUCACGGAUCUAGAGAUGAUCGCGGGCCAAAAGGAGGAGCACGACCAACAAGCGCUACUUACCGCCCUCGAACGCCGCCUCGAGGUACUCGGGGCUUAUGUUAGCGAUAAACAAUACCUACUCGGCAUCAGGAGAGCAGCAAUGGAGACCAUGCGGCCUAAAUUCGUUGACGGAGACAUCUCAUCUCUUUGGCUGUCGACCGCUCGCCUGGCAAGAAAGUCAGGGUCGAUGCAUCAGUCAUUCAACGCCGUACUGCACGCCUUGCAGCUCGGGGACGGAUCGGCAACGAUCGAGAAUGCGAGGCUCUUGUGGAGAGACGGGCAUCAUCGAAAGGCAAUCCAAGUUCUGCAGGGUGCCAUCGCCAACAACACCUUCAUUGGCCAGAGCUUUGCCACAUCUGCGCCGACGUCGUCCAAGAAUAUCGAUUCCCAGCGAAGCCUACUCACAGCCAGGGCACAUCUUCUACUUGCUAAAUGGCAAGAUUCCGCGGGGCAGACUCAUGCUAGUGCCCUCCGUUCGCAGUACCAACUUGCCGCGUUGACUCAUUCCAGCUGGGAGAAAGGGCACUAUUACCUGGGCCGGCAUUACAAGAAGCUUUUGGAGUCGGAGCAGACUCUGAAGCCCGAUGACCAGAGCGAUGAAUAUCUCACGGGCGAGACGGCGAGGCUUGUGAUUGAGAACUACCUGCGAUCCCUCCUAUUCGGCACCAAAUAUCUCUAUCAAACCCUUCCGCGAAUCUUGACGUUGUGGCUGGACCUCGGGGCACAGCUUAACAAGGCACCAGAAGGGAAGGUGUCGCUCUCUCGAGAGCUCUACAUACGAAGAAAGGAGAUACUGGAACAAAUACACGACUACUUCGCCAAGUACCUGAAGAAACUGCCGGCCUAUAUCUUCUAUACUGCUCUGGCUCAAAUAGUGGCGAGGAUCGCGCACCCUCACCCAGAAGUGUUCUCGCUGUUGGAGAAGAUCAUCGUCAAGGUCGUGGCAGCCCAUCCUCGACAGGCGCUGUGGAGCUUGUUCGCGUGCAUGACGAACAAGCAGCAAUCAGUACGAAGGACGCGAGGUCUGCAGAUCAUCAAGAGCUUAUCAAGCAUAAAAGACCCAGAUACCAAGAAGUACAAGUUGAAGGCGCUGCUGAGGAUGUGUGACAAACUUUCCGAGCAGCUUCUGUUAGCCUGCAACAACGGCGACUUCCAGAGCAACAGGACGACCAUGGCGAGCAUCACGCGGGACCUCAACUUCAACCACAACUGCACGCCUUGUCCGUUGGUUGUCCCCAUCGAGAGCUGCCUGACGGCAACUCUGCCGACGUUGACCGAUAAUGUCAUGACACAUGAGGCUUUCUCCCAGGACGUGGUCACCAUAGGUUCGUUCCUCGACGACGUUCUUGUCCUGGGCUCGCUCGCUAAGCCAAGGAAGCUCACCGCUCGAGGAUCGAACGGGAAGCUCUACGGGCUCCUCAUCAAGCCGAAGGACGAUCUGAGGACCGACCAGCGGCUGAUGGAGUUCAACAGCAUGAUCAACCGGUCUCUGAAGCGAGAUGCCGAAUCAAGCAGGCGGCAGCUGUAUAUCAAGACGUACGCCGUCACGCCGCUCAGCGAGGAGUGCGGCAUCAUCGAAUGGGUCGACGGGCUCAAGACCAUCCGGGACAUCCUCCUGGCAAAAUACAAAACCCGCGGCAUCGUGCCCAGCUACGGGAACCUCGCGCAGCUGAUGAAGGAGGCCAUCACUUCCGACGAUAACAUGCACCUCUUCACCGAGACGGUGCUGGGCAUGUUCCCGCCGGUGCUCCCGGACUGGUUCAUCAGCCAAUUCCCCAACCCGUCGGCGUGGUUCGCGGCGCGCCUGAGGUACACGCGGUCGUGCGCCGUCAUGUCCAUGGUGGGGACGAUCCUGGGCCUCGGCGACCGGCACGGCGAGAACGUGCUGCUCGAGGAGGGCAACGGCGGCGUGUUCCACGUCGACUUCAACUGCCUGUUCGACAAGGGCCUGACGUUCGCGCAGCCCGAGCGGGUGCCGUUCCGGCUGACGCACAACAUGGUGGCGGCCAUGGGCAUCUACGGCUGCGAGGGCCCCUUCCGGCAGUGCAGCGAGCUCACGCUCCGGAUCCUGAGGCAGCAGGAGGAGACGCUGAUGACGAUCCUGGAGGCCUUCAUCUACGACCCCACGCUCGAUCUGCAGCGGGACAAGAAGCGGAAGAGCGACGUGGUGAAGCUGAACCCGACGAGCGUGGUCGAGAGCAUCAGGCGCAAGGUAAGGGGCCUGUUGCCGGACGAGAGCAUCCCGCUCGGGGUGGAGGGCCAGGUCGAGGAGCUGAUCAAGCAGGCCGUCAACCCGAAGAACCUGGCGGCCAUGUACAUUGGCUGGUGCCCGUUUUUGUGA